GUGGGGUUAAGCGCGACGCUGCGGCCCCGGCCUAGGCACGAUCUCUAAUCACUAAAGCAGCCCCUUGGAUCUGCUGCCAGUCUCGCGCCAUGGAUCGCCACCUCCUCACUUGUCGCGCGACCCAGCUCCGGAGUGGCCUCCUGGUCCCCCUGCUUCUGCUAAUAAUGAUAUUGGCAGACCUGGCUCUCCCGGCCCAUCGUCACCCCCCGGUGGUUCUGGUGCCUGGUGAUCUGGGUAACCAGCUGGAAGCAAAGCUGGACAAGCCAAAGGUCGUGCACUACCUGUGCUCCAAGAAGACGGACAGCUACUUCACGCUCUGGCUGAACCUUGAGCUGCUUUUGCCUGUCAUCAUUGACUGCUGGAUUGACAAUAUCAGGCUUGUUUAUAACAGAACAUCUCGGGCCACCCAGUUUCCUGAUGGUGUGGAUGUGCGUGUCCCUGGCUUCGGGGAAACAUUCUCCUUGGAGUUCUUAGACCCCAGCAAAAGGAAUGUGGGUUCCUAUUUCUACACUCUGGUGGAGAGCUUUGUGGGCUGGGGCUAUACACGGGGCGGAGAUCUCCGAGGGGCUCCCUAUGAUUGGCGCCGAGCUCCAAAUGAAAACGGGCCCUACUUCUUGGCCCUCCGAGAGAUGAUCGAGGAGAUGUACCAGAUGUACGGGGGCCUGGUGCUGGUCGCCCAGAUGGGCAAUAUGUACACGCUCUACUUUCUGCAGCGGCAAACCAGGCCUGGGAAGGACAAGUAUAUCCACGCCUUCAUUUCACUGGGUGCGCCCUGGGGGGGCGUGGCCAAGACCCUGCGCGUCCUGGCUUCAGGAGACAACAAUCGCAUCCCUGUUAUUGGGCCACUGAAGAUCCGGGAGCAGCAGCGAUCCGCUGUCUCCACCAGUUGGCUACUGCCAUACAACCACACAUGGUCACAUGAAAAGGUAUUUGUGCACACACCCACAAAUAACUACACGCUCCGUGACUAUCGCCAGUUCUUCCAGGACAUCGGAUUUGAAGACGGCUGGUUGAUGCGGCAGGACACAGAAGGGCUGGUUGAGACCAUGACGCCACCAGGUGUGGAGCUGCACUGCCUCUAUGGGACUGGCGUCCCCACCCCAGACUCGUUCUACUACGAGAGCUUUCCUGACCGUGACCCAAAGAUCUGCUUUGGCGACGGUGAUGGCACCGUCAACUUGGAGAACGUCCUGCAGUGCCAGGCCUGGCAGAAGCGCCAAGAGCACAAAGUAUCAUUGCAGGAGCUGCCAGGAAGUGAACACAUCGAGAUGUUAGCCAAUGCCACUACCCUGGCUUAUCUAAAAAGGGUGCUUUUCAAGCUUUGAUUCCUGUGCCAGGCAUGACUGCUGGAUGGCUGGACCAGGGAGCUUCUCUUGGCUCUGACCUACAAGCUUGGUAAAGUUCAUGACCAUUGUUCAAGUUUCUAGGUCUUAGGCUGUGAGGCGUCUGCCUCGGGGGAAUGCCGCUUCUCAUCCUUCCUAUGUAUAAUGGCAGAGACAAAGGAAGAGAUAAGUGUGGAUUCAAAGGACGUUUGAUGGAAAGAAUGCUGCUAUUGAUGGAGUUGCGACCUCAGCCUGGCUCUGUAGGCUGGCUUGUUUGGCUCCUUACCCCAGUCCCCACCUCGGGCCACGCAGUCCUCCCAGUUCUCUGGCCUUUCUACUCUCGCCCCCUGGGCCCCAUCCUUCCUGUGAGCUGCGGUUCCACAGUGACCAUCAGGUGACCUUCCCACACACUGGCUAGGGCUGCUAGCUUCCCUGUGAGCUCCCUGGUGGACAUCCU